AUGGAAUGGAUUGGAUACAAAAUAGCUCAAACAGCCAAAGCAUUUGAUAUGAUAAUUCUGUACCACAAGAGGAAUCAGAGGACCAAGGAGGAGGAAGAAGCAAUCAGUGCUUGUAACUGUGCAAAGACUGAUGAUCUCUUUCAGAGAUUGGACUUUGUGAUGUUAGUAGUAAAGCUAACACCUCAAACUUGGAAACUGAUUGGGGAAAGAGAGCUUCGCCUAAUGAAAUCCACUGCCACCCUUAUCAGUAUUUCCCAAGUUUCAUCGGACGGCGGCGCCGGCCUUGAAGGCCGUGCGGCUCGUUUGCUCUCACCGGACCGUUCCCGUUGUUCAUCAACCCCCUUCCUUCCCCUUCGCCUCAUCCAUCCCGCCCGCCGAGACAGCCGUGAACGCGCGGCCGACGGCUGCACGCAACUCGCUCUGCGGUUCGCCUCCGCCAGCCCGGGUUGCGGGCCUUGCGACCUGAUGGCGGCAGCGGCCGGCCUCGGGGGCGCGCUGCGGGCGGCCGGUCCCCCAUUGAAGGGCCGGCUCGCGCACGCAGCUCAGCGGAUGCGCGUGCACGCCACGGCAUGCGCGCUCGCGAAGAGAAGUCCUCUCAGGAAAUUCCUGUCCAAGACAAAGAAGAAGUUUUGGUAUGAAAGCCCUAUGCUGGGAUCGCAACUGCUUUACAAGCCCUCAGAUUUGGAGGACGUGUUGAAACCUCAACGCAAGAUGCAGAAGGAGGACACCAUCCGAAUGAGGGCACUCAAUGCAAUUCUUUAUAAAGCAAUCACAGAUCUGUUGAAUAGUACUGAAGUCAGUGAAGAGGUUUAUGACGAGAAAGUGGAGAUAUCCAAAGUUCAGUUGACUGUGGACUUUUCAGCAUGCCGAGCCUACUGGGUACCAAGUGGUUUGCUGGAAAAAGAUAAUCGCAUUCAGCAAGUCUUAGAAAAAUAUUCUCCUCGUGUAAGACACCUUCUCAUAACCCAGCAAGUUAUGGGUUGUGUUCCACCUGUGGUCUUUGUCAGAGACCGAGAGCAAGCAGCAAUUGCUGAGGUAGAGAGGUUGUUAGAAAUUGCUGAUUAUGGCUCCGAAAAGACUGCUGAUGUAACACAAGUUUUGGACUCCAAGCAUUUUGGGCAACUUGCUGCAGAUAACACUUUGAAGCCUACUCAUCAAGGAUCUAUUCCAGUCUCAUCUCACCUGCCACCAUCAUCUCCUGAACUUGACCUUUUUGGUAUUAACCAUGACUUACUGAACAAACAAAUACUGGAAUAUAAAAAGAAAAAUACUCAAAAGUUAUUGGAAACAAAUAAUUUAACAUUGUCAGAACGGCACCUGGAACAAAUAGCUCAGCUAAAAAAACUAAAAGAGAAGAAGAAGAAAUUUGAUUCUAGGUUUGAUGAUAUCACACCAGAACUGUACUUGUUAGAAAAAUACAACAUGAACUAUUUAAACACAUUCUCAGACACAGAAGAGGAACUGAAGGAAUUAGGUGAGGAAAUAAAAGAGCUUGAAUUGGAGGAAGAAGAUCCAGAAAAUCAAUUGAAAAUUCCAAAAGAUUUAAAAUAAAUGUUUUUUACAGCCUG